UUAACGAGUUGGAAAACAAAGUUCCAGCAAUCGGCCGAAGAAUCAAAACUUUCGACAGUACGUUCCUUUAUUCAUUCUCGUUACGGUGCACAAUGGAGAACGGUGGUUUUCAACGUCGCUCCGGAAUUGUUUGCAAAUGUUCCGCUUCUCAGCGUCUCAGCCCACACACUGCCACCCAUGAAGAUGCUCUGUGCAUCAUUCAUUACAUCUCUGCUGUCGUCAUCCGUCUCUAAGGCUCAACCAGCUGACGAUAAAAUUGACAGAGAUGAAACGAUGCAGAAUGAUGAAGAAUCGGAGGAAAGCGAAGAAGAAUUAUCACAUCCGAAAAAUCACGAAUCGCCACCUGUAACUGAAGUUGACGACGUUGAUGAGACGAAAGUGCAACUUGUCGAUCACGAUUGGUCUUUCCUUAAGACUAUACUUCCGGAUCGAGAAGAAAUUGAACAG